AUGGAUACCUACGGUGCUUCUGAGGACCCUGGGGUGACGUUCUGCAUCGGCCAUCAUGAGACUAACCGCACACUGGCUGUGACCCCGAAGAUGGUCAGCAGGGUGCACGAGACCAAUUAUGAUAUGCUGUCCGUUCCAAUUACGACGGCCCAUUUCCACUCGCGGGUUCUGGGACUCUUGUCGUCCUACCUUUCGAAUCUGCAGUCGCCAUCGUACGAUCGCAUUGGCACUAUGGCCACCUCGCAGAACACAGGGCCUUUGGUCAUUCCACCGCUGACCAAACUCGAUUCAAGUCUCACCCCCAACGAAGCCACCAGCCAGCUAGUCGGCGUGACUAGUCGCUGGAUUGACCUUUGCUCUCCCGAUCCGUUGAUUGCAGACUUGUCCCGUCAGGUUCUCAUGCUGGAGGUAGCCUAUGCUGCUUUCUGUGGUAUUGGGUAUCUUUUGAUUCAUAGCCCAAAACUGCACCACGGCGCCAUCCACUCAGAAGGUGUGGUCUACUACGCCAGGGCUAUCCAGGAUGCACUGAAUCUAGGACCUUACAUUCAAUUUCAUAUCUGGUUGCGGAUGGUGGACAGCCCUGAGCUGGAGGUUGAUACUAUGGGCGAUUUGGCCCCACUGGCCCGGGAGGAAUACCUGCAGCCAGUAGAAGGCGCCCUGCCAAAGGUUGAUCCUUUUGGAACCUGGGACGCGUGGGACUUGAUCCGAAAGACCUGCAAGUAUCAUACAAGGCUGUUCGUUGCCCUCUCCAUGCCCAAGCAGCUACCUGCUCUGUCUGUUCAAUCGCGUUGGCAUUCGGAGCCACUGCAUAUGCUCACGAUCGAUGCCUCAUCAUUUCUCAAGAAUCAAAAAGGAUAUCCUGUAUUGUCCAAGGCCCAUCAAGCCUUGAUCGCAAAACUGAUGCGCCUCCGAACUCCACCAUGGAUUCUUCUCUGCGAUUCAAUCUCUCUUAUCCGGUUCCGAGUACCCCAGUCUGCCUCUGGGAGCGGGUUCCCCAAAAAGCAUCAUGACCCCACUCCGCACCUUUCCUAUAUCCGGAAUUUGCAACAGCGGCAACCCGCACGCACACCGAUUGAAAGGUUUGGCACAGGCUACCAAGACUACCUGCAAGCCCCUCUUCAGCCACUGACCGUCAAUUUGGAGAGCAUCACCUACGAGGUCUUUGAAAAAGACCCCAUCAAGUAUGAAUGGUAUGAGCGAGCAAUUACAAAGGCUCUCAGAGACUGGGCUGACCAGAAGAAACCCACAUCCCAUCCUGAUGGGAAAGUGAUCCUUGCGGUCGUUGGUGCUGGCCGCGGCCCUCUUGUGACGCGAGCGCUCAAGGCUAGUGCUGAAGCGGGUGUCGAAAUCGACCUAUGGGCUGUCGAAAAGAACCAGAAUGCAUUUGUUUUGUUGCAACGACACAAUGAAACGAUUUGGGGCGGCAAGGUUACUCUCGUUCAAUCUGACAUGCGAAGCUGGAAAGGCCCUCGUGUGCGGCGACACGCAUCCCAGAGCGGAGCUCAGGACCAAGUUGGGGGGUCGCUGGGUAUCGAGGACUCGUUGCUCUACACACCCAAGAAGAGUCAUAAUGAUCCUGGUCGGGCAUCCGAUUUCUCGGACCCGACUUCAUCUGGCGCCACACACACAUACGUUGAUAUUGUGGUGUCGGAGCUUCUAGGCUCAUUCGCUGACAAUGAACUGUCUCCGGAGUGCCUGGAUGGCAUCAAUGAUCUUAUCAAUCCUGUGCAUGGAAUCUCGAUCCCCGCAUCGUACUCGGCCCAUUUCACGCCCAUUUCUGCCCCGAAGCUGCACUGCGAUGUGACAAAUCAGACCAUCUCCAAUCCCGCCGCUCCGGAGACCCCAUAUGUGGUGAUGCUGCACGCCAUUGAUUUUCUGUCCACCUUAGAUUCGCCAGACAAUGCCGAAACUCCGAAUCAAAACACCGCGAACCGUUCCUCGGGCACCACUGGGGCGACGGCCGCCACCGAGUUUCCAACGCCUUUCGUUCAGACUGCAUGCGACGCAGUCAACCCUCUCCAAUUCGCACAAUGUGCGCCAGACCCGCCUUUCCUUCCCCACUCAGAACCGGGGGUGUGCCACGGCCUCGCGGGGUACUUCGAGACCGUUCUCUACGGGGAUGUUGAACUCUCAACCAAUCCCGUGACGAUGGAUGCGAAGAGCGCCACCAUGAUCAGCUGGUUCCCCAUUUACUUCCCCUUGAAGACCCCCCUCAAUGUUCCCGAUAAUGGCGAAGUCGUUGUCACGAUGUACCGCCAAACCGACGACCGCAAAGUCUGGUACGAAUGGAUGGUGGAGGUGUUCGCCCUUGAACGCACCUCUACAUCGGCAACAAGGCUCACUACCCCUGCCAUGAGUGGUGGUCGCUCAGUAUCCCCUAGUGGGGAGAGCUUGAAGAGCAAGGAACACGGUCUGAAACAGCAAGGUGGCGGAGCACGUCAAGCAGGCUAUCGCCGUGUGCGUGUUGGCAUGAGUGACUUGCAUUCAAGCAUCAAGGAAGGAUGCUUGAUGUGA